GAUGCUUGUUUAGUUAUUCAACAUGUCUGCCUCCUGUAUUGAGAGGUGCGACUUGAACUUUGCAUGUUUAGAAUAACACGUGCACAAUUGUUUUUAAAAAUGAUAAAGUAAACUCCAGAUUUAAUGUAUGUUAUUAAAGUUUUUGUUUUCAGUAAACCUACUGAAAUUAUACAAAUGCACUUUAGAAACUACUCGGCUUAAAAGGUGCCAGCGGGUGUUCUUUGGUAGUUGUCUGGAUUUUCGCCUUUUCAUAUUUUCUCUCAAGAGGCAGAAAUAAAAAUGAUUAUUACUCACCGUCUGUGGACGAAUGUUAGACGUUUCCGCGUUAAAAGUCUUUGCAGAAAUGUAACAACCUCAUGGUCGCCCGUCGGGACGGCGUUCAAUGUCCGGCAACACAGAAAAGUGGAUCUGCAGAGGAAAAACGUUGGCCUUUUUGGAGUUCCAGAGCUCAGUUCCCCCGCAGGGUUUGAAGAAGCCCAAGAAAGAGCUUUAAAAGAAACCGAGCGACUGGUGGAAAAAGCUUGCACUGUUCCCACUGGGCCACAGACUGUACAGACCUUUGAUCAGCUUUCAGACAGUUUGUGUCGUGUGGCUGAUUUGGCUGAUUUUGUUAAAGUUGCACAUCCAGAUUCUGCCUAUCGCGAGGCUGCAGAAAAAACCUGCAUCAAAAUUGGGACUGUUGUAGAAAAACUAAACACAAAUGUAGACUUAUACAGAAGUCUGAAAAAUCUUCUAGACAACAAGGAACUUAUGAAUUGUUUGGAUCCUGAAACACGGAGAGUUGCUGAGCUUUUUAUGUUUGAUUUUGAGAUUAGUGGAAUUCAUCUGGACAAUGACAAGAGAAAAAAGGCUGUCAGUCUAAAUGUUAAACUCUUAGACCUGAAUAAUGAAUUUCUUUAUGGCUGUCACCUUCCUAACAAAGUUGAAAAAACAGCAUUACCUGAUCACAUUCGGCACUGCUUUCAUCUUGAUGGAAAUUACAUUCAGAUAGGUGGAUUGUAUGCAGACUCGCCUGAUGAUCUGGUACGUGAAGCUGCCUACAGAAUUUUUCUUUAUCCAAAUCCAGACCAAAUGUGGUGUUUAAAUGAGCUACUGGAAUGUAGGAAAGACUUGGCUCAACUGGUUGGCUAUGAUUCCUUUGCACAUAGAGCUCUUCAAGGCACUAUGGCAAAGACACCAGAGACUGUCAUGGAAUUCCUUGGGCUACUGUCUGAAAAACUUCACGAUAGAGCAGCAAAUGAUUUUAAAAUGAUAAAGGAUAUGAAAAUGAAGUUAAACACAAGAAAUCCAGAGCUAUUUCCCUGGGAUCAUCCUUACUAUAGUGGAGUGUUGCGUGCUGAAAGGUAUAAUAUUGAACCAAGCCUAUACAGUCCUUUCUUUUCUCUUGGAGCCUGCAUGGAAGGUUUGAACAUAUUGUUUAGUCGCCUUUUGGGUAUAUCUUUUCAAACUGAACAGCCUCAAAAUGGAGAAGUCUGGUCUGAUGAUGUCCAAAAGUUGGCCAUACUUCAUGAAAAUGAAGGAUUAAUGGGGUACAUCUACUGUGAUUUCUUCCAUCGUCCUGACAAACCUCAUCAGGACUGCCAUUUCACAAUUAGAGGUGGGCGUAUAACAGAAAAUGGUGAAUACCAGCUUCCAGUAGUUGUUCUAAUGCUCAGCUUGCCGCACCCCACUAAGAAUUGCCCAACUUUGUUGACUCCUGGCAUGAUGGAGAACCUCUUUCAUGAAAUGGGACAUGCCAUGCAUUCCAUGCUAGGUAGGACCCGGUAUCAACAUGUAACAGGUACUAGAUGCCCUACUGAUUUUGCUGAAGUACCGUCAAUUCUUAUGGAAUACUUUGCUAAUGAUUAUCGGGUUGUUAAUCAGUUUGCAAGGCAUUAUCAGACUGGACAGCUUCUUCCUAAAAGUAUGGUGUCUCGCUUGUGUGAAUCUAAGAAAGUAUGUGCUGCUGCUGACACCCAACUUCAGGUGUUCUAUGCUGUCCUUGAUCAGAUUUAUCAUGGCAAGCAUCAUAAAAGAGCAUCAACUACUGAGAUUCUGAAAGAAACACAAGAGAAAUAUUAUGGACUUCCAUAUGUUCCAAAUACGGCCUGGCAGUUAAGAUUUAGCCAUCUCAUCGGUUAUGGAGCAAAGUACUAUUCCUAUCUCAUGUCAAGAGCAGUAGCAUCUAUGUUGUGGAAACAGUGCUUCUCCAAGAAUCCAUUUGACAGGGAAAUGGGAGAGCGAUACCGCAGUGAGAUGUUGGCACAUGGUGGUGCUAAAGAACCCAUUCUCAUGGUUAAAGGAAUGCUUCAGAAGACUCCAUCUGUAGAAGAGUUUGUGGAUGCACUAGUGUCAGAUUUGAACCCCGACUUUGAAACUUUUCUCAUGGAUUCCGAAUAAACAGAUAUGUUGUCAUUCCCUUUCUUGAAUAGCAGUUGUGAAUCAAGAAAAUGUAAUUGUUACUCACUUAUGUAUUAUAUUUAACACGGAAUAUAAUCUACUAUUAAUUCAUCCCAUGUCAGUUCAACACUUAGAUUUUUUUUGUUCUGUUCUAUUAAAGUAUAACAGCAGUUGAUGUUGUUUUCUAUUCCGCAGUUUAUUAGCACUGCACACAGAGUGGAUGUUAAAACUCUAUGUACUGUUGCUUGGGUGAAAAUAUUCACUCUAAAUGUUUAUUACUAAAUAAUCAAGUUUCCCCAUGUUGUAGUUAUUCUUACUUUCUAGUCUAAAUGUAUAUGUACUGUACUUUAGUCAUUUAAAUGCUAAACUUUGAGUGUUUUUCUUCCUCUUUUGGGGGGCACAUUUAUCCAAAUAUAAUAUUGCAAAAAAACAUAAUGAAUCUGUCUUUAGAGAUAUACAUUUGGAAUAGUUUUAAUGAAUUAAUUUGAAAGUAAUUCUUGAAAUUAGAGUUAUAUUUGAAUAUUUUGUGUUAAUUGUUUCUUUUAUUAAAAUAAUACAUUUUAUUUGUGGCCUUUCUCAGAUGAUGCUAAUUAAAAAUCUAAUGGCUAUUAGAAGUUCUGAAUGAAAAUCCAUUAUUUAUGUUUGUGGCACUUUUUUUCCUUUUUUAAUGUAGUAGUCCUUGUUAAAUGUUAUUUGUUUUUAUUAAAUGUAUAUAUUUUUGUGCAUUGAGGCUACUUUGCCAUUAAAGA